UUUCAUGUUUGAUUUAGUUUGCUCAUUAUUUUGAACAUAUUUCCUGCUCUUGAAAUCCUGUUGUUUACGUUUACGAGGACUGUAUUCGUCUGUUUGCACUCAUCAAACUUAACCCAUUAAUCUGUUUUGGUAACAUUUCAACUGUAUGCUUGUGUUAAGGAACCCUCCAAUCGACUGUUUUUGUGCUAAUCGUGUUAACUAAUACCAUAAUGAUGACUGAAUAUCUGUAUAACCUGUAUCCAGGCCAGUCCGGAUCACUAACUUCAAUGACAAUCAUCUCGCUCAGGACAUGACGCUUAAAUCUACCAAAUCAAAAAGAAAAAUGAACAGGGAAACAUAACAUGCCUGUGUAUCUAAAUCGCUAUAAGCUGAACCUGGCUACUGUAUCUCAGGAUUCGUUGACGGCACUGUGAGAAUGAAAUACUUGUUUGUUCAAUGAUUAUGCAGUCAAAUCGAAAGCCUGGCAUUCACUCAAGUGUUGGCUUCUUCAUGGACUGAGGGCUAGCAAGAUGCAGAGCCCAGAUGGCUCUGCGCCAUCCAGCCCAGCUUUAUCAGACAACUGUGAAAACAACUCUCCUGAAGAAUACCAUAAUGUCAUAGCACGUAGCCGUUGGAGGAUCCUAGCGCAAGCAUUGCAAAAAUGUGAAGUUGUACCAACCAUGCCAAGCUCAGUACGUAGAUUUCAAAGCUAUGGCCUUGUUUCUGCUUUGCCUCUGGAGAAUUUACAUGAAGAUAGUGCUACUUGGUAUGAAUACCGUGCCACUAUAGGCCAAGAUUUGUUUUCUGUUCUCAUUCGACACCCCAAGCGUACAUUUACCGCCACUGAUCUCAUGGGGUUCAAUAACACUGGCAACAUAUGUGUAUGGCCAUCUGAAGAAGUACUUGCUUAUUAUAGUCUAUGUAAUCCAAAUACUUUUUCUAACAAAUCUGUUCUGGAGCUUGGCGGGGGUAUGAGCUGUUUGGCAGGCCUUAUGAUUGGGAAGUAUACAUCAGCUUCUAAAGUGCUGUUGACCGAUGGAAACGUAUUUUCUAUCAAUAAUGUUCAUCACAUUCUAGUAAAAAAUGGAUUUGGAAACUCUUCUCGAGUUUCAUCAUCAGUGCUAAAGUGGGGCAAAAGAGCCAACUCCAAAGUAGAAUUUUUAACAGAGGAGCUUCAAAGCAAGCCAGCUUCUUUGAAAUUUGAUGUAAUUAUAUGUGCUGACUGUUUGUUCUUCGAUGAUGCUCGACAAGAUUUAGUGCAGACUAUUUUUGAUUUUAUAGCUGAUGAUGGAAUAGCACUUUUGACUGCCCCAAGAAGAGCUGACACUCUAGAUAAAUUUUAUGACAAGGCUUGCAAUGCUGGGUUUAUUUGCAACCUUCAAGAAAUUUAUAAUGAUCAAAUAUGGGAUAGACAUUUGCACUUAAAAGCCAACCAUGGUGAAAGUUACAAUGAAAAUAUUCAUUAUCCUCUUUUGCUACAACUUAAGAAAAUGUCUUUUUACAACUCGCAUCAGGUGGAUAAGAGUGAAAGUGUAAGUUAGAGACAUAUUUUGACUGGUAGUUAUCUGUAACCAUACAAAUUACUCUAGUCCUCAAGAUGGUCAAUUUACUCUGAUCAGGGUCUGUUAAAUUAAUUAUCUCAUAUGAUGUACCGUACUAAGCUCCCAAAUGGCAGCUUUUAUUUAUUGCCUUUUAGUUAGUGCUCCAAGACCUCUUCAAGAUAUUUUUUUUGUAAUCUAGUCAUUAAAUUUUACCAGGGUUGAUAUAUAUCCCAUUUGUUGGGAAACAAGGUGAAGACUGCUCUUCACAUUUUUAUGUGUGUAAACUGUAAGACUUUCUGGUGCCAAAUACAGAACUAAAGCAACUGUUUUAACGAAUCCUAGUCUAAGUUGAGUUCCUGUGAUUUAAAAAAAUUAAAUUAUAUGUGUACUUUAUACAUGUAUAUAUUUAUUGGAAUCUCAGCACCUCAUCUAAAUUAAUAAUGUUGAUUUAAUGUCUGUCUUUAUGUUUAUUGUUGCAAUGUUUGUUACCUAUAUGAUUGCUGGUUUCGGUGUUGUUGAGUUCUCUUGUACUUUUAGGUGCUUUAGUUUUACUAAGGACAAAAGGGGCUAGUUUUAUUAAAUUUUACACGUGUACAAAAAUGUGUAACCAGAUUCCUAGUCUUCCUUUGAUAUUCUCAUGCAAAGUAGAAAACAAAUUGCUAGUUUUCUUUCUCAUGUUAUGUCAAUUUGAUUGUCUACCUAAAGGAUGCAGGAGCAGGAAUUUGUUCAUUUCCAUUUGUUUGUGGACAGACACUCAAUGAGCAAAUGUAGGUGCAAGAAGUUUGUUAAAUUUUAAUAAAGACCAACUAUACCUUCC